AUGGAGUUUCCCUCUUCCUCCGUUUUCGACCAGCCUAAAGAUUGUGCCGAAGAGGUUGAUCUGAACGUGGUGUUCCAUGCAGCCGCGACAGGGGACGUCAACAGUUUGACAGCCACAAUACGUGAGGACCCAUCCAUCCUGGAGUGCUGUGACAGUGAAGGUUCAACACCGCUGAUGCAUGCAGUCUCUGGGAGACAGGUGGACACAGUUAAGCUUUUACUGAAGAUGGGUGCAUCCAUUAACACUCAGGACGCAUGUGGCAGGACCUCAUUGUCCCUCGCUACGUACUUGGGCUGGCUGGAGGGUUGUGUGUGUCUAUUACGAAACGGAGCGAAGCAGAACAUCCCUGAUAAGAACGGACGUCUACCGCUUCAUGCUGCUACUGCCGAGGUUGACCUCAGACUUAUGGCUGUGUUAUUGCAACAAUCAACACUGUGUGAAAUCAAUCAUCAAGACAAUGAGGGAAUGACAGCUCUACACUGGGCGUCCUUCCAUAAUCGUCCGGAGCAUGUGCAGGCCCUGCUGCAGAAAGGUGCAGAUCCCACACUGGUUGAUAAAGACUUUAAGACCGCACUUCACUGGGCUGUGCAGACAGGGAGCAGAUUUAUGUGCUCACUUAUUCUCGACCAUCAACUUGGUACCACCGUUAUUAACUAUGACGACGAAAACGGCAAGACCUGCGUCCACAUUGCUGCAGCAGCUGGUUACAGUGACAUCAUCUACGAGCUCGCACGUGUCCCUGAGACCAAUCUGCAGGCGCUGGAUGUGGAUGAGAGGACGCCUCUGCACUGGGCGGCUGCAGCAGGAAAGGAGGAGUGUGUGCAAGCUUUAUUACAGUUGGGUGUGGAACCAGGCCCAAGAGACAUCAACGAAAACACACCCCUUACCUACGCCAUGUACUGCGGCCACACAGCGUGUAUCAAACUUCUGACGGCUCAGAGCAGACUUGAGUCAACGCACCAGACGUUUUCCCAGAGCAGCGAUCCCUCUAUAAGAAAAGAGGGCAAAUUCCGUGUGCUAAACAACAUCUUCAGUAAAAAGAAGAAAGAGCUACAUGCUGCAGGUCAGAGCAACUUGAGCCAAGAGCACCACCUGCAAGAGGAGACCUCAGAAGUGGAUGACAUUAUAGCCACGUUUGACUGCGUUGUCGAUCUCCCGGCUAAGGAGGACUGCAAAUAUCGAUCAAAUGAACCUGAGAACACAGACCGCAGAAGCCUGCCUCCCAUACGCACACAGAGUCUUCCACCUAUCGCUCCUGGAAACUCUUUGUUAUCCAACUCGCACAACGCACCACAUAGAACCGUUUCAGGUCACAGGUCACAGAAGAGCAAGAGCGAACACGACCUGUUCGAUAGCAGAACGAAGGUUCAGAAAGCUUCUGGAGCUGCCUGGAAAACAGAAUCCAGUCAGUUGCUAACUCAAAAAGCCUGGGUGUCACCUCCGUGUGACCGAACGCUGGAUAAAGUACUGCAUGAAACGAGUCCUAUAGAUGUGCUGUGUUCCAAUCAUACACCCUACAUCCAGAGAACUGACCAAGCACCGAAUACUCAACUUGUACCACUACGGAUGAGAGAUUCCGCCCUGACUCGCAACAGCCUGGCUCCCAUUCGUGACCACUGCACUCACAGAUUCUGUUUGCCACCUGACCAAGUCUCUCAAGGUGUGAAGAAGUCUAAAUCACUACCACUGAGCUCUCUGGGGCGCAGUCUAGCAGGACUUCCACGUCCUUUAACCUCCAAACCACACAGACCAAGCAUUCCUCAAAGCCAGUCCUUGUGUUCAUUCUCUGCUCCUCUGAGCACAGAGCCGCUCCGAAACAUACAAGUUCUUCCUGCUAUACCUCCUCUAAGAAAGCGCAGUCCUUCAGCCCCAGGAAUCACAGAAGACUCUACAGACAAUAAUACAGACAGAGAAGCCUGAUGUAUACUAGUUAAAAAGAAAAUAAGUGACCAGUUCUCGGCCACAUUUUAACCAGUUUCCGACUAUAAACUUGAAUUGUUCUUUAAGAUGCUUCAGGUUGGAUGAAAUCUCUUGAAAAACCUAAAGUACUGGACUACACUGGAGAAAAGACUGGGCAUCUUUUUGUGCAUUACCAAUGUAAAAAUGUUUGAUAAAGAUUGUUAACCUAUCAGCCUAUUUUUUCACAUUUUUACAAUUUGAAUUUGAAUUUAUGUCUAUGGCAUGCACUGUGUUCAAUCUGAUUUUCUGGUUUACAUUAUAACUGUUACACUUGAACAUGCAGUGUAAUGACCUAAUAUAAAUGUUUAAAGAAUGUAUAAUUAAUAAACAAUGUAUAUAUCA